GUUGGUUUGAAGCAUCAGUUUCGAAGUAUUUUCAGAACAAUACACACGUGGAAUCUGCGUCUGUCUGUGCAGUCAUAUACACGGCUUUUCUUACAAGUUCUCUUUGUGAAGCAACCAAACCAACCUCCAACUUCUCAUCAUGUCUGGCCGCGGAAAGGGAGGCAAGGUGAAGGGAAAGGCAAAGUCCCGCUCCAACCGGGCCGGUCUGCAGUUCCCGGUCGGCCGUAUCCACCGACUGCUGCGCAAGGGCAACUACGCGGAGCGCGUCGGAGCGGGCGCGCCCGUCUAUCUGGCCGCGGUCAUGGAGUACCUGGCGGCGGAAGUGCUCGAGCUGGCGGGUAACGCGGCCCGCGACAACAAGAAGACGCGCAUCAUCCCGCGCCAUCUGCAGCUGGCCAUCCGCAACGACGAGGAGCUGAACAAACUGCUGUCCGGGGUGACCAUCGCCCAGGGCGGCGUGCUGCCCAACAUCCAGGCCGUGCUGCUGCCCAAGAAGACGGAGAAGAAGGCUUAAGCUGGGGUGUGCGGACUCUGCGUGGGAUAUACAUCUCUAUGGACACGAACGCUUUGGAAAACAGGCCUACGACACCCGAAACCUCGCUACGACACAAAACGCCCUUAUCAGGGCGAC